AUGCGCCAGGGCUCCCAAAAGGCUCCUCACACUGUACAGAUCCUCCCCCAGGCCUUAAAAAUCAUGCGUACAGGGGUUACCUGGUCGCAGUGGAGGGCCAACGGGGGAGGGGAGGGGGAAGGGAUAGGGGGGAAAAGGGGGGAGGGGAUUAACUCUCUCCACAGUCUAUGGGCUAAAGCCUGGGCUGAUCUCCAUGCUACUGGAAACGGUCAGGAUGGUCGCAAGCUACAAGAUGCAAGGCCAAAGAAUAGAGAAGUGAUUCUUGAAUCGGUAUUGAGUAAGAUCCCUUCUAUCCCUUCUCUUCUCACCUCUGGACAAUGCACAAUCCAAAUGUCCUCACUUCAACGAACUCACACGAAUCUUUCAAGAAAGAGACUCAGGGCCGCUCAACUUCGAUCUGACUCUGCUUCAAUGUCCAACCCAGCUCACGAUCUUGUUGCUCAGAGACUCGGUCUCUGUUGGCCACUUCAAGCAGCUCAAGCCCCCGCAGAUAACACUCAAUCCCUGCUCUCAGAGGAUUCCCAGCCAAUCUCGAAUUGGUCCUGGUCUCCUGGACUUCAAUCCCUUUGUAAUGACACUCUCGAGACAGGAGAAGAUGAAGUAGGGGAGAUCUCUAAUCAAGAUAACAGCUGGGGGCCUAAUCAAACUGUAUCUGAUUGA